AAUAAGAAGAGCUUGGGAGCGCUAUUCGUCAUACCUGUUUCAGCCGCGUUGCCAUUUGGACGUCGCCGCUCCGAUAUUAUCUCAUUCCCAUUGUCCCAGCCCACUGUUGGAUAUUGUCGCGUUCGUGCUGCCUUCGAAGCUUUUCCUCCGUUUCCGCCCUUGCACUGCGCACAACAAAAAAACUUUUACAGUGAAACGUGAAAACUCUUACAGUACUCGAAGUACCGUUGCCAAAAAUAUUAUAUAUUACUUUCGGUCCGUGCAGAUCUUUGUCGGUUCGGUUCGGUUCGGUUUGAUUUUUGCGCCUGAAUCAGUGAACAACAUCACAGCAGAUCGGACGAUCAUCAGCCAAACAGAAACACUAAAAUGGGAAAGGCAGAGUGCAUUAGCUACGAUGAACAGCAGCUGCCAUACAUUGAUCUGGGCUCGGCUCGCAUUCGCAUGGAAAAGGAGCCGGCACCCGAAUGGGCACUCAAGAAGGCACAGGAUGAACUUCGGGAAACUCCGGGGCACAAGGAGCAGGCCAUCAAGGAGCUAAGGGAACUUAUACAAAAUGAAAAGUAUUUAAACUUGCCACUGGAUGAUGAGUACAUGAUGAUGUUCUUGCGUCCAACCCAUUACUAUCCAGAGAGCGCCCUGAAAAGGCUCAAGAACUUCUAUCACAUGAAACUGAAGUAUGGCGUUGCCUGUGAGAAUAUAAUCCCCUCAAAAUUGCGCAAUGUAUUUGAGGCAAAUAUACUGAAUCUAUUGCCAGAAAGAGAUCAACAUGGUCGUCGUUUGCUAGUGCUAGAAGCAGGAAAAAAAUGGAAACCUUCGCAGGUGCCGUUGCCCGAUCUCUUCCGCGGCAUACAGUUGACAGUUUUGGGUUCCAUGGUGGAACCAUAUUCACAAAUUUGCGGAGCAGUUGUCAUAAUUGAUAUGGAAGGUCUGCCACUUAGCCAUAUUACACAGUUUACACCAUCAUUUGCGGCCAUGUUGUUGGAUUAUAUACAGGAAUGCAUCUGCGUGCGCUUGAAGGCAGUUCACAUUGUGAAUAAUUCGUACAUAUUCAAUAUGCUCUUUGCCAUAUUCAAGCCAUUCAUACGCGAAAAGCUGCGCAAGCGUAUCUUCUUCCAUGGCAAGGACUACAAGGCUUUGACAUCUCACAUUGAGGCCAGCGCCUUGCCACCGAAAUAUGGCGGCACUGCAACAUGGGAACUGCCACCUGGCAAACUUCUGGGAGAGUUCUUCGAGUGUUAUUCCAAGGACUAUGAACUUGCUGACAGCUAUGGCUACUCUGCGGGCUAUAAAAUCAAGAAGUAG